GCGGGACGAGCGUGGCGUGUUCCUAGUGACUCACUCCUGAAAAAAGGAGAAGGGGACUCGGGGCAUGGCGCAAUGCAGGUCACCACACUUUGAACAUAUCAGGAGGUCCGAGGUCCCGACAUAUCCUCCUGGCGGGAAUUUUCCCGCGAAACAGUUUAUUGGCCCGGUCUCUCAAAUUUCAAAGUUGUUUCGCCCCUCGCCCCAAUUUCACGUUUACUACACGAUCUGCCUCUUGCCAGACGCACCCAAGGCUCCAGCCGAAAUCACAAGGAACGACCACUGAAAGUGGCCUCCUUCUUCCAGCAGAUAAAUCUCACAGUUCGUUCAAAAAUAUCCUUCCAGAAAAUGAAACUACAAAUCAAAAUUACAGCCCCUUCAAAGGAAACGGGGAAUCGACUUGUCGUGCGAAUAAGGGGUACGUUAUAGGCAGUGACGGCAGUAGUGAGAUAUCCGCAGGGCGCCACUGCAGUUGUUUCGAGAAAACGGAAGAAAGACAAAAUGGCGAUGAAAAUCAAGACAGAAAUCAAGAUGGAAUUUCCUGCAGAUGAUGACGAUGAUUUGGAUUUGGAUGCAUUACGUUUAGCUGCACUUUCAACUUUAAAGAAGACAUUGGCACCAAGCCGAAGCACUCCCACCACACACAACAAUGCCGCAGGAGGUCCCAGAGUCAAACCCAUGGGCGGCCUUCAUCCACCCCAGAAUAGGGGUCGUGGCAGAGGUAUCAUGAGAGGUGGCAGAGGAGGAACUAGAGGGGGUAGAGGAAAUUUCACCCCUUAUCACAAUAAUAAUCAGAACUUCUUUCCAAUUAGACCUUCAGGUAAUAGCAAUCUUAUUACUAUAGUUCCUACUGUACCUGAUGAACCCGAAACAUCCAAAGAAACUCUGCGUCAAGGACCGAAAUCAAAUCCUACCUUUUCUGGAAGUACUGUAGCUGAUUCUACUCUUCAUGAAGAAGAGAAAGUUCCUGCCAAAUUCAGACGAGUUGAUGAUGAUUCUGAGUCAGAUGAGUCAGAUGACGAUACUGACUUGAAGGCUGGAUCUAAUGGUGAAUCAAGUGAAGAAGAUGAAGAAGAAAAAGAAAAGAAGAGUGGGAACACUGAUAAUGAGUCUGAGAAAGACUCUGAUCCGGUCUCAGCGCAGCAACAUGAAGAUGAGGGUGACACUAGCCUGGAACGAUUGAUGCAAGAGCUUGAAGAUGAAAUAAGUGAUGCACCCAAAGACAAGAAACCAGUAUUAUCUGCCAAAGAUAAUUCUAAUGUGGAGAAAAUGCCUCAUGUGAAAAAAAUCAAGAAGGAAAAAGUCAAAACAGAAAGACCAGACAAUGAAAACAAUGUUGCUGAUGACAGUUUAACUUUUGACAAAGUGGGUGGCCUAGCCAAUCAAAGUAUACCUGAAUCGAAUGAGAUUCAUCAAAGAAAGCCAUCACCAACUCAGUCAAGAUCUCCACUUUGCUAUGAUCCUGUGUCCAGGGACCCGUCCCCUGAAAGCUCCAAUAUACCUCACAAGCACUCCUCUUCUGCAAGACCGCAUUCUCCACAAACCUCAAGAUCACCUCUGAGGUAUAGAUCACCUCUGAAAUCCAGAUCUCCGCGAUCUCGGUCUCGGUCGCCUAUCCAGUCAAGAUCACCCCUGCGGUCGCCCCGGAGGUCGCCCCGGAGGUCGUUGUCUCGCUCUCCCCGGAGGUCUCCCCCAAGAAGCCACGCGGCUACCGCACGCUCGCCAGCCUACGUCGGUCGCCGUAGCUCGCGGUCGCCCCUCCGGUCGCCUCUCCGGUCGCCUCGGAGGUCCCCGCUGUACCUCCCGCCCAGAGCCAGCUCGCCAGGAAGGCUGCCUCCGCUGCGGAGCAGGUCGAGGUCUCCGAGGCUCGUGCGCCGCUCCCGCUCCCGGUCGCGAUCCCCACUGGGCACCCAGCGCCGGCCCGCGAGUCCUGCCCGCCGCUUGCCUCCACUGAGGCGGAGUCUGUCUCGGUCGCCAGGAGGCCGUCUGUACAUGACGAGGCGGUCUCGGUCGCGGUCCCCGAGGCGGUCCCCAUCACCAAGAAGCAGGCGCUCGCCUCUCUAUGUGAAGAAACUGUCGCCUAAACGCCGAUCAGUGUCCCCAAGGCGGAGAUCCAUCUCUCCGAGGAGGAGAUCCAUUUCACCAAGAAGACGGUCCAUAUCUCCAAGAAGGCGGCCUCUUUCACCGAGGAGGCGGGCCGGGUCUCCAAGCUGGAGCAGACUUUCGCCAGCAAGGAACCGCAGUCCAGUGGGAUCAUUUAGUCAAAGACCACUGUCACCAAGGCGGAGGUCACCUUAUGGAGACGCAUACCCUGCUCGCAGGUCCCCUAGUCCACCGGCUAGAAAGUACUCACCACCUCCAGUUCACAGAGGAGCCUCACCUCAAAGAAGUUAUAGAUCGCCCUCUCCUGUACCUCGUUCCACUUUAAGGAGGAGGUCUCCUGCACCUACCACUGGACCUCCAAGACGUGUGUCUCCUCCUUCCUUCAGACUCUCUCCGGCCAAAUCAUCAAACCGAGCUCCAGCAUCACCUAUUCGUGUCAGAGAUAAGCCAAGACAGCUCUCACCUCUGCCUUCUGUUUCAAGAACUGUUCAGCGUGUUCCUUCACCUCGUAGACAGAGGUCUCCAGUGUCUUAUUCUCGGGGCCACCAUACAAGCAAAGCUUUGAGCCCUGUUCGACGGGUGUCUCCCAAUGCCCACAAGUUGAGGAGAUCUCUCUCACCUCACAAGGAUAUGGUUGCUCCAGCAUCGGGCAGGGAUACGAGUCCCAACGACAGCAUUAGCCUCAGUCCUUCUCCUGAGCGUUUGCCUCAAACUAAAUCUGAAGAGAGAAACAGAGGAAGAAAAUCUCAUCCUCUGGGUGAAAAUCAUGUUGAGUCAAAGAGGUCUCAUAGUGAUCUAAGAAAUGUGCUACCUAGAAGGAAAGAUGUAGCCAAAGAAAGUGAACCAAAUGUAGCAAGCCGUUCAGAAGAACUCACAAAGAAGGAAAAGAAAGAACGAAGACGUGCUAAGCGGGAAAAGAAAGAGCAUAAGAGAGAAUCUCAUCAGAACUCAAGUAAUGUUCUAGAAGCUAGAAGAAGGAAAUUUGAAUCUGGUGGCCCUGUUGAAAUAUCCAGUAAGAAGAUACGCCUUCGUAAUAUGCUUUCUGAGCCUGCUGAUGCAGAGGAACAAGAAAUAGAUAGUACUGAAGUAGAAGUAAACAUAGAAAAGGAAAAGGAACGUGAAUUGAAAGAAGCAAGCGAGGUUGAUGAAAGCAUUUUGGACAAAGAACUGAUGGGUGGAGUUGACCUCCUUUGGUCAGAUGAAGAAGAGGAGGAAGAGGAAGAAGAAGAGGAUGACAAUGUGGAGACCCCUGCUCCAGUCAGCAAUGUUCAAUUCAAACGCACUUUCAACAUGCCUUCUGGAAGUGGCAGCAGUGGUAAAGAAAACAUUCCCGAAGAUAGCAUUGAUUCCAAGAAGGAUGAUGAAAAUCCCACAAGUACAACGGGCUCACCACCUGGUAAUGAAAAUGGGGAUGAAGAUUCUGCUGAGGAGGAACGCUAUGUGAGUGACAUAAGUGGAGAUGAACUUCAGCCUGAUGAGGAGCCUCAAGACAAUUGGCCAAAAACAAAUAGAGAACUUAAAGAGUACAUAAUAAGCCAAGCCAAGGGUACUGUUCAAGCCCGUCCCCCAAAAUCAUCGAGAAAAGAAUCUUCAAUCAAAAGAAAAUCAAAUGAGUCAGACGAUCUUCGUGCUGAGCUGAGUAGGAGACGAGCUGAAAGGCUAACCAAGACAAACUGCCCAGAAGUACCAGAGCGACUUCUCCAGUCGGCUCUCCAAGGAGUUGGAGUGAAACCUCGCCGAGAUAAGAGUCAUCGCCGAAGAACAAGAUCUCCAUUUGAAGAUAAUCUAGACCAGCAAGAGAGUGAUGGGCGGCGAGUGCUGGUUUUAAGACGGGCAGCGGAGCAGAAGGAGCCUGCUAUCAACAUCACCAUAUCAAAAGUGGAGUCGUCAAAAGAUAGCAGUUCUCUGAAGAUGGGUGGAAAAUUACCAAUUCAUAUGAGACUUGGGACAGGCAAGAAAAGUGAUGACAGCCCGAAAAAGGUGAAACUUAAACGCAACAUCACUGUUGGGAGAAAAAAGCAGGUAUUGUGUUAUUUUAAUUACGUAUUAUGCUUACUAAGGUUUAUGGUGCUGUUGCAUGCUUGUGGCUUAGAACAGCCCAUUAUAAGUGGUAAGUUUUGUACACAUUGUGGGCUAACAAACAAACCAGCUACUUCAUUCAAAGAUAUUGAGUAUUCUCUGUUUUAUAUCUGUCUUGAUUUACAUUGCUACUUUUAAGUAAAAAAUGUUAUCAAAGCAACAUACAAACAAACUGUCACAGUUGUUUGUUGAGCUUUGCAUUUCCAAACAAGCAAAGUUAAAAGUUGUACUAUUUGAAAAGGGCUGUGUGUUCGCAUCCCGUUGUAUUCAGUUCCUAUUUUAGUGAAUCUUUGAUGCAAAAUUCAAAUUGACUGAUUGAUUGAUUGAUUGCUUUUCAUAUUUCCUUUCUUAAAAAAAAAAAUGCCAGGAACUAAUCACAACACAUGUUGAUUGUUUCUUCUGUUACUUGAAACUUUAAAAUUUCCUAUGUACCCAGUAUUGUGUACCACUUUUAGUUGGAAUCAGCUAAAAGGGGGAAAAAAGGAAGGAUCUUUCUGCUCAUAAGUACUCCAAAGUAUACUUAGCCCGAAUUCGCAUUUUAGAUCAUGAAAGUUGCUUUUCGUUUUCAUGAAAAGAAGCUUUUUAUUAUGAACCUAUAUGGUAUGUGAAAGCUGGAUCGCCUUCGUAAAGUAAGAUUGACUUGUUUACAUAUUUCCUAGUAUCUUUUCCCCAAAUUUUUAGUUGGUUUUGGAGGUGUGAUAAAAUUGGACAUUCUCCACCUACCUAAAAUACUGUGAUAUUUUCUUUUUGUUCUCCUAUUUUUUACCUUUUUUAUUUAACUAGUGUCUGCUAGUAAAUCUAACUGUAUACCUUUUUAACAGUUUUACUUUCAAUUUUUAUCUUAUUUGUGAUAUCUGAGGGUCUAUUUCUAUUUCAGGUUUUUAUUUGAAAACCUAAGUUGCAUGUAGUAUUUUAUCACCAAGUUGAAAGUGUUUUGUUUAACUUGCUGUUGAUUGAAAUAGAAUGUACGGGUCAUGAUACUUUUCAUAAUAUGUUACUUCCACCAACUCUUUUUUUUUAUUAUGUCUCAAUUUUUAGUGGGGUUUUUCUGUAUCAAAUGGAUUGAAAAAGAUGGGCAAAACAGUUGAACAAUGUGGAGAUGUUGCCUUUGAAUUGACACAAGGGGUUUCAUCACUAUUGCCGCUUUAUUCGUUUUGGAUCUACAAUCAAAAAUAUUCCGAAGCACCUAUUCUGGUUCUCAAUCAUGAUUGUGUGAUAUUAGAGACAUUUCUUCCACAUUGUUUCAUCUAUUUUGUUUUUAAUUGUAAGAGUUCUAUGAUUGAUUUUGAGUUAACAUGCACUUCUUAAAAGAAUCUACAUUUGUGUAAAUGCAACUGUGAUUUGUGUAGGGUUUCUUUUGCAGGUUUGUUAACCACUCAAUCCUUCAUUCAGUGAAAUUAUCAUAAAUAUGUUCAGUACCUGAUUAUUUCCAUUCAAAUUUCUUUUUAAAAGUGUUGUGUUUUUUGGAAUUUGGAAGAAAACUGUCCCUGGAUAUGCUUCAAAACAGCUAUUUUCCCUUAUUCUUGAUGUAGCUUGUGUUGACCAGGCUGUGAACCAAAUGAAACUCUAAACCAACUUAUUGAUUCCAUUCAGUGGUACUUCAUCUUAGGUUGUUCCAUUUCAUGCUAAAAUAUGUAGGGUCUGUUUUUUUCAAAUCACAUACAAUGGUAUACAAAUUGAUGUGCAGUGACCUUGAAUCUGUGCUUUACGUUGCAAAGCAUGUUCCCUGUUACUUCGAGAUGGCUGUGUUCAUUUACCUCAGUUCUAGCCUUUCUGUAAUGUUCAAUGUGAUGAAGUGCCACAACAGUAUCUUUCAUUGUAAUACGAAUCCAGCGACUAUGCUGGGUUUCCAGAAAUAGAUGUAGAUAGACUACAACAUCUAUCUUAAUGACAAUUUCUUUAAAUUUUUCAAACAUCUGAAGUAUAAUUGAUGGGCAGGGGGGUGUUUGAUAAAACCAGUCACAGAAUGAGAAUUUUCUUUAACUCUUUUGCCACAUCCUUUCCUGCAUACCCUCUUUCCACUUUGUGCCGGAAAAUGUUUUUUCGGCUUGUCCUUUCCAAUUAGUGUAUCCUGCCUGUGUAGAGUUACCACAAAAAGAACUAAUGCCCAGUCCAUUCAUGUUCAAGUUUAGUAUGAUGCAGCUUUGUAGUUAUUUGAGGCUGGAUUCAGUAUUUGUUUGGUACAUAUUUUUAACUUAAAACGCGAUUUUACUUACUAAUGUAAAAUUUAUACAGUGUAUGAAGCCCUGUAAAUAUUACUGCCACUUGCACAUGUUUGUGUGAUGUUGAAACCAGGUACCAUUCAGAAUGACUUCAUCGUUUCCUCCACAUUAACUAUGUCUGAAUGAAAAUGCAUGUGUGUGAUAGCUCUUUUGAUGGCUUAUCAACCAUCUAAUAAUUGUGUCAGAUGUUUCUGUGGCAAAGAGUAGCAUGAUUUCUUGUCAGGAGCUAACGUACAGUGAUACUCCUGGUCAAUUCUUAUUUCAUUAUUUGUAGAAACUCUUCUUUAAACUCGUUAAAACUUGCCCAUAAUAUGAACAAAUGAAUUAAAGAACUGGGAUUUUGAGUGUCAGAUCCCCUCUCUCAUACAUGCUAUGAUUAUGAAGGAGUACAUGUUUUUUAUGUCUGAUGAUUAUUGGACUUUUGGGUGUCUAUUUAUUUGUUACGUGAUGAAGUGAACAUUAUCACCCCAAUUUGGACCCUUCAAAUUUUCCCUCCCUAUCAAUUUGUUUUGCUCAAAUUUUUUGAGGUCUUUUCUUAUCUUUUAUUAUCUGUGAUAGAUUUUUCAUGUCAUGAAUUCAUUCUAUUUUCACAAAAUUAUUUGCUCUACUACCUGUAAAGUGUGGUUUUCUUCGGGCCUUUGCUCAAUUUUUAGUCUUGAUGGGAAUAUAAAGAUUUAUUGCCGUUGGUAGUCCCCAUAAUCAUUGUCCCUUUCUUCGAUCUUGGUAUACAUCAUCAAACAUGCUUUAAUGACUGUCUUUUCAGAAAUUGUGAUAUCUACAGUGUAUGUGUUUUUAAAUGUUGUGAUACUGUGGUGCUUGUUACCUAUCUGUGAUGAAGUUGAGUCAUGUCUGUCUUUUCAAAAAUGAAUAAAUGGUAGAAAAAGAAAAAAAAGAAAAGAAAAAAAAGAAAUUGCUAGUCAUCAGCAUACUUGUAGUCAAACGACAUGUUAAUGAGCACUCCGUUAUAAUGUGGCCAAUUGCUUAUUUCCAUUUCUUUCGAUUUGCGAUAUAGAAUGGUACAUUUGGAGCAGCUUUUUGUUUUUCUAGGUAAAAAUUGUCCUCAAUAAUAUCACUCCCAAAUUUUUAAUAUCUAGAAUUUUUUUACCUUGUCUGCUGUUUUAUGUGUCUUUUUUUAACUGUUACAAAUGUACAUUCAUUAAAAAUAUUGUGCUGAUGCUAGCAAAAAAAAAAAAAAACAUACAAAUGAAAAAAAAAAAGAUAUGAAAGAAGUCUACCAGUGCACUAAAGUGCAUAACAAAGCACCAGAUUAACUGUUAAGGUGAACUCAACUUACUUCUAUGUGAAUUAAUUAGUUGUUUCUUCUGUGAAUGGCAUUGUUCAGGUGUAACCUGUUGACCGCUCCUACCUGUCAAUAUUCAGAAGAAACAGACAUACAGGGAUGUCUUCUUAUUGACUGCAAGUGACCUUUCAAAAGACAGUUGUUUGAUUGAAACAUUUGCUCACAAGACCUUGGAACAAAUGGAAUCGUCGGUGGACAUCGAUGAAUGCACUCACCGUUUGAUUUAUACUUCACAAGAAGAAGGACUGUUAGUGUUACUUAUGUGUGGAAAUUACUUUUUUUAUCCUCCCUCUCUCUUUUUUGUUGUUUGUAAUUCUAGAUUACAUUUGCAUUUAUUAAUUAAACAUCUUCUGUCAGCACUCCGUGUGAAAAUUGAGAAACUAACUUCAUCCAUGUUUUGUGUUAGAUUCUUUUCUUCCUCCCCUAUUUUGCUCCGUUCUAUUUGCUAGUGUUUUUGGUUAGGAAUAAUGUGAUACUGUUUUGUUGAAUUAAAGUGGUGUUUCUUCACUAUAUUA